AGUUCUUCCUCUGUCGCUCUCGGCAGGGCUUCUCGUAGUACCGCUUACGCUUCACCGUGUCAAUGAUCCCGUCCUGAGUCAGGAGCCUGGGAAUGUGGAGGAAAACAGGAACGGGUUAGGAAACGCUGCCAUCUGCUGCCCCAAGCUGCUGCUGUCGUCCGCAUGUCUGAGUCUGAGGUCAGCCAACGGUGAACGGUUCUGUGGAAAGACCCGAUCCGCUCACAGAACGGGUUCUCCGCACCAAGAUGAGCGCGCAUUUUCAGGAUCAUAUCCAAAUCUUUCACCACGCUGCCAGAGGUGGAGGUGAUGGGGUGGGGGUCCACUGUUGGCCCCGCCCCUCCAGCUGCCCCGCGCGCUCUGCAGCAGCAUCAGGUUCAGCCAAUGAGCGGCAGCGCAAACGCGGCGGAGGAGUCGGCUCCGGGGGCCGGGAGGACAGACGCCGUCACCCAGCGGAGGGUUCGGGAGCGCUCCUCACCCGCAGCCCGCAGCGACAUGGAGAACGCGGCCGCAGAUUUCUCCGGGAGAUGGAGGAUGAAGUCCUCAGAAAACUUCGAGGAGCUGCUGAAAGCGCUCGGCGUGAACGUGUUCCUGAGGAAGAUCGCCGUGGCGGCGGCGUCCAGCCCGGCGGUGGAAAUCGCCCAGCAGGGAGACAACCUGUCCAUCAAGACGUCCACCAGCGUCCGCACCACCCACGUCUCCUUCACCGUGGGCCAGUCCUUCAGCGAGGCCACCGUGGACGGACGCCCGUGCACGAGUUUUCCUAAAUGGGAAACAGACCGAAAGAUCAGCUGUGAGCAGACUUUACAGAAAGGCGACGGACCAAAGACUUCAUGGACCAGAGAGCUGACGAACGACGGAGAACUCAUACUGACGAUGACUGCCGGCGAGGUCGUCUGCACCAGAGUCUACGAACGAGAAUGAGAUCCACCAAAACAUGUUUCUGCUUUCUGACAUUUACUCGCUUUAAUUCUUCUCCUCCAAUAAAUUCUAUUCUUUGCAAACGAGUGCAGCUGAACGCUGUUCAACAGUGAAUAAACUGUUUUCUAUGAGUCACUA